AAACCUGUGGUCCUAACAGAUACAAAGCUGUGUGAUUCAGCCUUGAAAUGGGAUCUGGAUUACCUAGCAGAGAACAUGGGUAGUGAGAAAUACAUGGUGUUUGUAUCAAAAGACAACAAAUUUAAAUAUUACGAUGAGGCGAAGAUUCGACAGUACAGCAGUAACUUCAUCCCACCUACCCGGAGAGUCGACAUGUCUUUCCCUGAAUUUGUAAUAUAUCUUCAGCAGGGUCUGAAUAAUACUGUUGGCCAAGCUAUUGUAAUGGACUUCCUGCAGUUCAACUGGGAAUGGCUUAACGUCCUGCAGAAGAAAAAUAAUUGGGGACCCCUUACCUCUAACCUAUUAUUAGUGGGCAUGGAAAGUAACAUUACACCAGUUCAUUAUGAUGAACAACAGAACUUCUUUUGCCAGUUGGUUGGCUACAAAAGGUGUAUUUUAUUUGCUCCUGAGUACUAUGAUCGACUCUAUCCAUAUCCUGUGUAUCAUCCCCAUGACCGCCAGUCUCAGGUAGAUUUUGAAAACCCAGACUUUGAAAGAUUCCCAGGAAUGGCCCACCUGGAAGGAGUCGAAACCGUCUUAGGUCCAGGUGAAGUUCUUCAUAUUCCUAUGUAUUGGUGGCACCAGAUAGAGAGCCUCCCAAAUCGUGGCCAUACUGUCUCUGUCAAUUUCUGGUAUAAGGGAGGUCCAACAGAGAGGGUUGAACAUCCCCUGAAGCCUCAGCAGAAACUGGCUGUGAUGCGCAAUAUAGAGAAGAUGUUACUGGAAGCCCUAAAGGAUCCUGCAGAAGUGGGACCCCUCCUGCGAGCCCUUGUAAUUGGGAGAUAUACUGGCCAGGUGGCAGAAGGGCAGGAAGGGAAUCUGUGAUUGGGACUGGCCAGGUCAUGUUUUAUAUUUAGGAUGUAUCUUGGUACCUGUAACAAGCACGUGGAGUUCCUAAUACUGGAAGAGAUAAUAACAUCAGAGUUCAUGGCAAGAGGGGAAGUGGCCCAGAUGCCUAUUGUGUUCAGUGCACAUGUAAUGCUGUCUGUGAUGUUUCCAGAGAAAUGUGCUUUAAAAUCAUUUAUGUCUUGUGGAAUCGUAAGAUGCAGUUUUCAUUUUCAUCUGUUUUGUUUCCUUAUGUAAAUGUCUUUAUUUGCAUGGGUUUCUUCAUUAUAGUGAGGUAAAAGGUAUAUUAAAUGUAAGCAAUCAUAA